AUGGCAGACGAGGCAGAUUUCGAAGACACCCUCGUGGCGGCACAGCAGACGGUAUGGUCUGCCGAGAAUCAGCGCCAUCCAGAUGCUGCAUAUGUCUUCUAUAACGAUAUGAGCGAUGAUGAGGAUGAGGAUGAGAGCGGCAGCGAUCUCGAGAAAGCCGACGAGAACGUGAGAAAAGUGGAACUAGACAUCACCAUGUCAGCAUAG